UCGGCUGUAUGAAUGAGUUUCAGGAUUUUAGUCCCCAUUCGCUGUCGUCUUCGUGGGGUGGGGAUUCGGGUGCUCGAUGUUAUUGAGAGUUUGGAAACUUUUUUUAAAAAGUUUGUCUGGCGGAGGUGGGGUCUGGUCGGUUCCUGUCGAAAUAGAAGCGAUUGGAGAUGUCUUAAAAAUCCUGAGGAAAGGAAAAGGGGCGUGUGUGAUCCGAUGUGGAUAAGUGUGCGGGCCAGUUAUUGUCAAAGGAGAUCUGUCACAUCCUGACAGGGAGUGGGGCUGGGAGCAGCAAGCGCCCGGGACAGGGAGGAGAAGGUGGAAGGUGUCUGAGGGGCUGCAAGCUUGUUUGGGAGUGGGUUCUGUGAGGAAGGGGAGAGGAGCAUGGAGGCUCAGGAGAAGUGCAAACUGAGCGUUUGGCUGUGCCAGGAAGAGAAGCUGGUCUCGGGGCUUACCAGGCGGACCACUUGCGCCGAUGUGGUCGCCGCUUUGCUGGAGGAGAGCCGGCGGAGCGGGAGCCCGGCUCUGUCCGGGGAGCCGUCCUCCUACUGCCUGGUGGAGAAGUGGAGGGGCUUCGAGCGGACCCUGCCGGACAAGACCAGGAUCCUCAGGCUGUGGAACGCCUGGGGAGACGAGAGGGAGAGGGUCACCUUCGUGUUGCUGAAGAGCCAGGCGGCGGCGGCCGGAGGAGGAGCAGCGGGGCCCCGCAGCGCCGAGGCCAAGGUGGUCCUGAGCCAAGGGGGAGCGUCCCUGCGGGGCCCGGCUCGCCUUACGCUGGCACUGCCCCACGACAAGCAGAGGCGGGUGGUCCGCAAAGCGUUCCGCAAGCUGGCCAAGCUCAACCGGGCCAAGAGGAAGCGGGGAGCACCCCCCGGGCCCGGGGCUGACACCAUGGAGACCCUGGUCCACUUGGUCCUCUCUCAGGAUCACACCCUCCGCCAGCAGGUCCACAGGAUCCGGGAGCUGGACAGGGAGAUCGAGCGCUACGAGAGUAAGAUCCACCAGGACAGGAUGAGGAGGCACGGGGUCAACUAUGUGCAGGACACCUACCUGAUGGACCCCCCGGAGCAGGAGCAGGAGCAGGAGCAGGAGCAGGAGGUCGCCCCGAGCUGCCCGGAGUUCCCCCGCCUCCAGCGGGAGCUGUCCCGGCGCCACGAGCAGCUGCAGCGCCUCCGCCUGGAGCUGGAGCUGGAGCAGGAGCUGAGGAGCCGCCGGGAAGAGCCCGAGUCCCAGCCCAGCUCCGGGGAUGACCCCUUCCUGGAGCAAGAGAGGCUCCGCACCCAGCUCAGCGCCAGCUUCUACAUCGGCCUGAGGCUGGACACCGACCUGGAACAGUGCAGGAAGCAGCUGGCCGCUAGCCAGAGGCUGUGCGAGCAGAAACACAGCGAGCUGCACGGCCUGCUGGAGCAACUCAACUUGCUGAGACUGGACGGGGAGCAGCAGCAGCAGGAGGAGGAGGAGAGGACAUGUCCCCAGGCCAGUGACCCUCAGGACACCUCCGCUUUGGACAGCAGCAGCGUCUGGCUUGACCCCGGGGGUGUGUCCACAAGCUGCCAGGUCCCUGAUGAAGACUCGGACACUGGCCUUAGCUCCAUGAACAGUCAGGAUUCUGACACCAUCCCAGUCUCCGAGUCUCUGGUAUAGCGCCUUCGGAAGCGGCAGGGAACAAGAAGCACCGUCUCAGGGACAGCCAAGCUGUGAGCAAUGAGUUAGUAAAGGGGGAAAAUUCAUCCACACAAACUUCACGAUGGGAGGAUACAUUUCAAAUGAUGUUUACUUCCCUUAAUAGAACGGCACUGUAAUGAAACAAAUUGUAAUAAAUGUAACCCUUUUUCGUUUGCAAA